UACAAGCACCGGAACAAUGUCGUGUUGCUAGCAACGAGCCACGCGCUGCACCUCACUCGAAAUCCCGACGAGAACUUUCAUACGUUAAGCACAAUGAUGUUAAGUUCAUAAAACGUAAGCAUUUCUGAUUUAAAUGAUUAAUAUAGAGGAGUGAAAUGUCUUUGAAAACUGGACCGGUGGAAAACACCAAAUUCCCGUGUUCUCUUUGUCCUCAGGUAUAAGGAAAGACUACAGACCAAAUAUCUUAGGGAUCUAAGCAAAACGCAACAACUAUCUGGUGCAUUAGAUGGUCGAAGGUGGCGUUUUCUGUCUCCUGGGCUGGAUGAUUUUAGAGAUGGGUAUCCUACUGUUUAUGAAGAGCUAUUUACCCGGUGUGACUGUGGAAUGGCACCUGCAGUCUUCGGGAUGCCGAAGCACCCGUGUGCUGUGAAGUUACCGCAGAAGACGUUAAGUAAAGAUCAUGCGUGUUACUCAAAGCAGAAUCCGCAGAGUCAAACCCAACGUGAGUUCAUCGAUGCUGUAGAGCACAGACUGAAAGAACACCCUCUGGCCCUUUAUCCUCAUCUGGAGAGCGGUAUGACACCAGAGUUAUUUGAUCAGGUGUUGGCAGUCCUGGACCCCGAUAUGUGUGUGAAGGAAGAUUUGUCCACAACCUCUCCAAAAAAUGAAAUCCAUCUAGAAGACAGCAGACCACAAUGUGAACUUUCACCUUCAGUGCUCCUCAGUGAGACUGUCGCACCGUUCAUCAGCAUCAAACCUCAAAAGGAGAAAUGUAAAGACAACAGACCAAAAAAUAUCUAUAAAUGGCAGAAACCUAAAGAGACUCGUCUGAAAGAUCACAUGACCGAUGUUAAACACCUGCAAGAUGAUGUCAAGCUGAGGAUUACCAGGCUUUUCUGUGAAUGGAUAAAUUCACUGGGUGGAGACACUGGUGAUCUGACAGAGUCAACCAUCCUGGAUCUAUUCAAAAGUGACUAUGAGAAGAAACCACUAUUGACCCUUAUUAAAAAUAAAACUCCAGCAAUACUCUACAGCUCUGCCGUGGACCUGCGUCCUGAUGCAUUUAAGCUGAGCAAGGCCUAUGAACUCAACAGACCUCAGACAUCCCAAACCUGCACAAAAAGGGCUGCCAGCAACCUUUUGAGAAGUCCGUCAGAUAUCACAGAUAGCCUGGACAUUGAAGGACAGUUGAGUGAGGAGGACAAGGAGCUAAAGGAAAGGUAUGCCAUUCAGGCAUUCCGACAGUACAUUAUCAACAAGAGAUUGGAAAUGCCGAGGUUUCUCAGUGUUCUGUUUUCUGAAGAGGAACUGAAAGACAAGAUGAGAGAUUCAAACUCUACUGGUUCCAUAUUAACAUCUAAAAGCAGAGCCUGCCAGUAAACACC